UCCCGGAGCACCCAGAGCCCACCACCGUAUACCCGAAGUCCCCUUCUUCGGUUCUUCCUUUCCCACCCACAAAAGGCAGAGACGAUCGUCGUCGUUGGGAGGAUGAGCAGCGCGGCCAUGGCGCAGGCGGGGCUGAACCCGGACGCGCCGAUGUUCAUCCCGGCGGCCUUCAGGCGGGUGGAGGACUACUCGCCGCAGUGGUGGGAACUCGUCAACUCCACCGCAUGGUUCCGCAACCACGCCUUGCAGAACCCCCAGGAACACCGGGUGGAAGCCAAGGUAGAAGAAGACGAGCACGACGACAUCGCCGCGCUCCUCCCCGACGACCUGCUCCACGACGCCGCCGACCUCUUCCUCUACUCCCCGCCGCCACUACCGCCGCAGCCGCAGCACCAGCCCGAUCUGCUCCACCGCUACGGACCAGCCGCCGGGUUCGGCGGCCACGGCAUGGACGCGGUGGCGCUCCGGGCGCAGCUGAGCGUGGUCAACUCGCCCAGGGACACGCAGCCCAGCUGGCACGCCCAGAAGCCGGCGCAGCAGCAGCUCGUCGGCGGCGGCAACCGCCAGUGGCGCUAACUACAGCCAAAAGAGCCCCUCGCCUUUGCCUUCGCUGCUGCUGCUCUGUACUUUCUCUAGUGUAACCUUAAGUUCAGUUCAGUCUAGACUGUCUCUCUUCCUCUGCUUCUGUUGUUUAUACAGCUAAAAAAAUGAAGGGAAGAAGAAAAUACUGCAGCCUGCAGGAACUUGCAUAGUUCUUCCCCCUUGUACUAGCUACCUCCCCUGUUCAGGAAUGUUUUAGAAAAAAAGGAAAUGGCAAAAUAGAAUCAUGUGUGCUGAA